CCACUUCCUGCUUAAUGUUUAGAAUGAAGCGCAAUACGUAUCAAACGAGAAAAUAGUUUUACGGUGGCGGAGAGUGUCAAAUUCUGAUGUUUAUAAUGUCAUGCUGUCGCCACCGUGCGGAUAGUUAUUUUGAGACAGAAACCACUGACAGCUUCCUUGCAUAAAUGAUGGCAACAACACCCAAGUUAAUGAGAGCCAUUCGAGUGAGUGAGUUUGGAGGACCUUCCGUUUUGAAACUCUGCCCCAACAUACCUGUGCCAAAUCCAGGUCAGAAACAGGUGCUAAUCCAUGUGCAUGCGUGUGGAGUGAACCCCGUGGAGACCUACAUCCGCUCUGGGACCUACGGCAGGAAGCCCAGCCUGCCCUACACUCCAGGGACUGAUGUGUCAGGGGUCGUGGAAGCUGUCGGAGACAGAGUCCAACUCUUACAGGCUGGUGACCGUGUGUUCACCACCGCCACAGAGACAGGAGGGUAUGCUGAAUACACUGUCGUGUCUGAGGACUGUGUCCACCGCCUGCCAGACCCCUUAGACUACAAACAGGGAGCUGCCAUUGGGAUCCCCUACUGCACCGCAUACAGAGCUCUCUUCCAUAAAGCACAUGCUAAAGCAGGCGAGACAGUACUCAUCCAUGGAGCCAGCGGUGGGUGUUUGUGGCCUUUUCCUUGGUGGUGUGUAUCUUUUCAGGUGGGGGUGGCAGCGUGUCAGAUGGCCAGAGCCUUGGGUCUGAGGGUCCUGGGGACAGCAGGAACCGCAGAAGGACUGGAGCUGGUCCUGAGGAAUGGAGCUCACCAGGCCUUCAACCACAAAGAGGAAGGAUACACUAGCAAAAUCAUGGAUGCUACCAAGGGGCAAGGGGUAAAUGUGAUUGUGGAGAUGCUGUCUAAUGUGAAUCUCAGCAAUGACCUGCAGAUGCUGGCCUACGGGGGGAGAGUGACGGUUGUUGGCAGUAGAGGCCCCAUUGAAAUCAACCCUCGAGACACCAUGGCCAAAGAGUCCAGCAUCAUUGGUGUUGCCUUACCCUGCGCUACUGUUGAAGAGAAAGCUGAGUGUGCUGCGGCCCUGUUUGCAGGGAUGGAUGCUGGUUGGCUGAAGCCUGCUGUUGGAAAACAGUACACCCUGGACAUGGCCUCCCAGGCCCAUAUUGACAUCAUAGACUGCCCUGGGGCUUCUGGGAAGGUGGUACUGACCAUGUGAAUGGAACAGCUGUAAGAUUACUGUGAAAUGUUACUGAUUUACAUUGGGAUGAAAUUCUGAUUACUUUACAUGUGUUUCAUGCAUAUGGGAUUAAAAUUGCUGAAAAUCUUGCCACAGACAAAGAUUGUGUGGCUCACUUUCGGUGAUCUUCGUGAUUAAUCAUGUGCAUUUCUAAACCAAGUUGUUGUCAUUUCAAUGCAUUGGGUCAACAAUAUUUUGUUGUUGUUGUGAAAUAACUAAUUGAAUGCCAUUUUUGUAAAAUAUUACAAAGGGAAUGCCUCCUUUUCCAGAUUAAAUAAUAGCUUUGAA